UUUAAGCAGCCGCAGGCCCGCGCCGGGGAGGGGAGAGGGGGAAAGUCCUGCUACUGCUGACCCACCCGCACCCAACCCGGCCCCCGCUAGCUCUAGACCGCGCCAUGCAGGGCCCGAGCGUGGCUCUGUGGCUCUUCCUUGCUCUGAGCACAGCGCUCAGCGGGCUGGAGGUGCGGUGGUGCACCACCUCGGACCCCGAGCAGCAGAAAUGCAGUGACAUGAGCAAAGCCUUCCAGGAAGCCGGUAUCCAGCCAUCCGUCCUGUGUAUCCAGGGCACCUCUGCCGACCACUGCGUCCAGCUCAUCGCGGCCCGGGAGGCUGACGCCAUCACCCUGGAUGGAGGAGCCAUUUAUGAGGCAGGGAAGGAGCACGGUCUGAAGCCCGUGGUGGGCGAAGUUUAUGAUCAAGAGGUCGGUACCUCCUAUUAUGCCGUUGCUGUGGUCAAGAGGAACUCCCCCGUGACCAUCAACACCCUGAAAGGUGUGAAGUCUUGUCACACGGGCAUCAACAGGACAGUGGGCUGGAACGUGCCGGUGGGUUACCUGGUGGAGAGCGGCCGUCUGUCUGUGAUGGGCUGCAACGUGCUCAAGGCUGUCAGCGACUAUUUUGGGGGCAGCUGCGUCCCCGGGGCAGGAGAGACCAGCUACUCGGAGUCCCUGUGCCGCCUGUGCAGGGGCGACGCUGCUGGGGAGGGUGUGUGUGACAAGAGCCCCCUGGAGAGAUACUAUGACUACAGCGGCGCCUUCCGGUGCCUGGCGGAGGGGGCAGGGGACGUGGCCUUUGUGAAGCACAGCACGGUGCUGGAGAACACGGACGGGAAAACUCUUCCCUCCUGGGGCCAGGCACUGCUGUCCCAGGACUUCGAGCUGCUGUGCCGGGAUGGCAGCCGGGCUGAUGUCACCGAAUGGAGGCGAUGCCACCUGGCCCGGGUGCCUGCUCACGCGGUGGUGGUCCGGGCCGACACAGACGGGGGCCUCAUGUUCCGGCUGCUCAAUGAAGGCCAGCGUCUCUUCAGCCAUGAGAGCAGCAGCUUCCAGAUGUUCAGCUCCGAGGCUUAUGGCGAGAAGAACUUGCUCUUCAAAGACUCCACGUCCGAGCUGGUGCCCAUCGCCACACAGACCUAUGAGGCCUGGCUGGGCGGCGAGUACCUGCAUGCCAUGAAGGGUCUCCUCUGUGAUCCCAACCGGCUGCCUCACUACCUACGCUGGUGUGUGCUGUCCACUCCCGAGAUCCAGAAGUGUGGAGACAUGGCUGUGGCCUUCAGCCGGCAGAGGCUCAAGCCAGAGAUCCAGUGUGUGUCGGCCGAGUCUCCCCAGCACUGCAUGGAAUGGAUCCAGGCUGGACAAAUCGAUGCCGUGACCCUGAAUGGCGAAGACAUCUACACAGCAGGAAAGAAAUACGGCCUGGUCCCAGCAGCGGGGGAACACUAUGCCUCGGAGGACAGUAGCAACUCGUACUUCGUGGUGGCCGUGGUGAAGCGGAACAGCUCUUACGCCUUCACCCUGGACGAGCUUCGGGGCAAGCGCUCCUGCCACUCGGGCUUCCACAGCCCCGCGGGCUGGGACAUCCCCGUGGGCGCCCUGGUGCAGAGGGGCUUCCUCCGGCCCAAGGACUGCGACGUCCUCACAGCCGUGAGCGAGUUCUUCAGCGCCAGCUGUGUGCCCGUGAACAACGCCAAGAACUACCCAGCCUCGCUGUGCGCGCUCUGUGUGGGGGACGAGCGGGGCCGGAACAAGUGUGUGGGCAACAGCCAGGAGAGGUACUACGGCUACAGCGGCGCCUUCAGGUGCCUGGCUGAAAAUGCAGGGGACGUGGCCUUCGUCAAGCACACGACUGUCUUCGAAAACACAAAUGGCCAUAAUUCUGAGCCCUGGGCCGCUGAGCUAAGGUCGGAGGACUAUGAGCUGCUGUGUCCCAAUGGGGCCCGGGCCGAGGUGUCCCAGUUUGCAGCCUGCAACCUGGCGCAGAUACCGUCCCACGCCGUCAUGGUCCGGCCGGACACCAACAUCUUCACCGUGUAUGGACUGCUGGACAAGGCCCAGGACCUGUUUGGAGACGACCACAAUAAGAAUGGCUUCAAAAUGUUCGACUCCUCCAACUAUCAUGGCCAAGACCUGCUUUUCAAGGAUGCCACAAUCCGGGUGGUGCCUGUCGGCGAGAAAACCACGUACCGAGACUGGCUGGGCCCCGACUACGUGGCAGCUCUCGAAGGGAUGCUGUCUCAGCAGUGCUCGGGCGCAGGUAGGGCCCGGCCUGCUGGGCAGGCAGGUUCACACCUCACAGAGCAAGAGGUGUCCUGCCACACCCCCCUCCCCCACCCAGCAUCCCUCCCAGCCUUUCACCCGCAGUCCUUGAGUGCACUGAGGGAUGCUCUUGCUGGUUCCAGACGAACAAGCGGCCCCGGCCCCUGGGCUGUCCCAGCUGCUGCUGCCGCUCCUGCUGUGCCUCCCGGCCCGCCUCCUCCAGCCCAGCCUCUGAAGCCACCCUGGGCAAGCCAGGCCUCCCUCGGAAUGGAAACCUACUGGGAAAUCUCUAUGAAUAGGCUGUUCUCCUGGGUGAGGCCGGCGCGCUGCUCGCAGGGACACGUGUGCUGGGAGAGGAAGCGUGAGAAAGCCCGGAGCAGCUUGGGCUGCGAUUCUGACACCGAAGAGAAGCCACUGUGAUUGCCUCAAACCGGAAUAAAGAUGCAUGCGAACGGAAAGUGCCCCCACCUCCAGCUGAGUUGGACGUGAGCAGCGCUCCUGCGUGAACCCAGCCUCUGCCUCCCCGGCACCACCUGUCCCCCUGCCACCUGAGGUGGCCCGUUGGCCGGCCUCCCAGUCACGCCCCACCCACGGGCUGGCAGCCGCCUCCCUGCGCCGGCAGGCUCCCCCCACCCCAGCCUCAGCCCUCUCGAGAUGCGAGAAGGCCAGUUACCAAGGCAACAGUCUGAGCCCGGCUUCCCACACGGCCCUCCCUGCGGAGCCGGCCCUGCCCCGCCACCCAGGGGGCCCCUCCCCUGCUGGUUCCCACGUGCCCUCGGGGAAUGGACAGGCUCCGGGUACCUCCUGUCAGCCCCGGCUCUGUCUGGGCUCUAGACUCCCUCUACCGGCCUCCCUCCUUAGGACACGGGGGUCUGUCCCGGAGGGGAGGGGGGCAUCCACCAGAUGAGGCUACAGUCAGGCCUGCCAAGGAGGUGAAGCUGCCAGAUGCAGCCCUUUGUCCUUGUCUUCUGGGGCUUGGCAUGGCCCAGGCCACUGGCCACCUGUGCUGGGCUGGGGAGGGGAGGGAAGGCCGGGCCGGCCCCAGGGGUGAAACCGUCACGGGGUCCUCAGGCACAGGAAAUGCUCCUAAGUGUCCCCCCUCCUGAGUUUCCAUCUCACAUUCUCCUCCCUCCCCCAUGCGACGCCCACCGCUCCUCAGCACCCCCAUACUUCUCACAGGGCUCAGCCUUGAGGAUGCCCAGAGAGCUCGCGGCCAGGAGCAGGAGGCGGCCCAGGCCUCUGAGGCCCCAAGAGCCCUGUGAGGAGCCGGGAACGGGGAGGCGCUGUUCUCUUUGUUAGAGGGGCCACGGCCGGGGCAGGCACCGGUGGGGACGCCACCUCCUCACUGUGGGCAGGGAUCUCCUCACCGGGGCCUGUGCCAGCGGCGGGGGGAGGGGCUCCUUCCCAUCCCCCAUGAGUCAGAGAAGGGAGCCCGCAGAGGGUCUCCUCUACCCCAUUUUUGCCACGGUUGUCUGGGGGCCAGAAAAGUUUCCGAACUGCCAGCUCUCUUCCUCUGAGUUUUGCUCCCUGAGAAAAGAAAAAAGAGAAGAAACAGGAGCAAGCCACCCUCUCAGCAGACUGGGAGCCGCGUGGGUCUGGAGCUAUUUGCGGCUCGAUCUGCGGGGGCCUCGGGGACGCCGAUGACAGGCUGGUUCCUGGUGCUUCGCCCCCAUCCGUGCGGGCGGAUACCUUCCAUCUCCCAGCCGCGAAGGAGGCCCCUGGCAGCCUCCUGACCACAGUCCCGCCAUCCGCCAUCU